CAGUCACUCACUCACUCACUCACUCACUCAGUUUAUUUGUCACUCACACACAAACACGGUCACAUCGUCGGCGUAUCGUCGGAUCCACGUUUAACCUCCACCUGUUUGUCGCCAUGUCUUUUCAGGAGCAGCCAAUCAGCAACAUGAACUCUCAGUAAAAGAAAAAGGUCCAUUCAAGACAAUGUCCACAUCCACAGCAACCAGUGCCGGAGGAACCAAAACCGCCAAAGCGUCAAAAGAUCAUAAAAAGCCCACAUCCACCGUCCUGAAAGGAGCGAUCCAGCUGGGCAUCAGCUACACUGUGGGAAACCUCAGCUCCAAACCGGACAGAGAUGUCCUGAUGCAGGACUUCUCUGUGGUGGAGAGCGUCUUCCUGCCCAGUGAAGGCAGCAACCUGACUCCAGCACAUCACUUCCCAGACUUCCGGCUGAAGACGUACGCCCCGCUGGCCUUCCGCUACUUCAGAGAGCUGUUUGGCAUCAAACCUGACGACUAUCUGUACUCCAUCUGUAACGAGCCACUGAUCGAGCUGUCGAACCCCGGUGCCAGCAGUUCCUGGUUCUACCUCACCAGUGACGAUGAGUUCAUCAUUAAGACAGUGCAGCAUAAGGAGGCGGAGUUUCUGCAGAAGCUGUUGCCUGGUUACUACAUGAAUCUGAAUCAGAAUCCGCGGACACUGCUGCCUAAGUUCUACGGUCUGUACUGCAUCCAGAGCGGCGGCGCCACCGUCCGUGUGGUGGUGAUGAACAAUGUGCUGCCGCGCGCCAUGAAGAUGCACUACAAGUACGACCUGAAGGGCUCCUCGUACAAGCGCCGCGCCUCGCGCAAGGAGCGCCUCAAGUUCUCGCCCACGUUCAAAGACCUAGACUUCCAGGAGAUGAAUGAGGGCCUGUUCUUCGACGCCGACACGUACAACGCCCUGAUGAAGACUCUGCAGAGGGACUGUCGGGUGUUGGAGAGCUUUAAGAUCAUGGACUACAGUCUCCUGCUGGGGAUUCACGUUCUGGACCAGAAGCCUCUGAGCAGAGGAAGUCGCUGUGACAGCAGGAGAGGACAGAAAGUCCUCUACUCCACCGCACUCGAGUCCAUCCAGGGCAACGUGAGGGAUCCUGAACCUGUGGCUGAUGAUGACGACACAUUGGGAGGAAUUCCUGCCAAACACAAGGAUGAAAACCUGCUGAUCUUUUUAGGAAUCAUUGACAUCCUUCAGUCCUACAGGUUCAUUAAGAAGGUGGAACACUCGUGGAAAGCGCUUGUGCACGACGGGGACACCGUUUCCGUUCACAGGCCCAGUUUUUACGCAGAUCGGUUUCUGAAGUUCAUGAGCUCCACCGUAUUCAAGAAGAUUCACCCUUUAAGAGGAGCGUCUUCAAAAAGGAAGAGGAACUCUCUGUACGCAGCCAAGUCGGCGUCUCAGGAGAUUCUGUCGCCGCACAGGGAGGAGGAGGAGAUUAAGAAGGACGAGAAGGUUAAAGCUCAAAGUUUGGACAACCUGGACGGAGACUUUUACAGUUCCUCUAAACAACCGGAUCUCCUGCCCAAAUCUGCUGUUUCUUUUGCGUCUAACACAAAUGAGGAAGAGGAACAAGACAACAGUGAGGAGCGACGUGACUCCAGUUCAACCAUCGCUCUGGACGAUCCUCUGCCGUCCCUCAGCAGAAGCCGGUCAGACUCUGAACUGGACGUCUACUUGUGAGGAGACACGAGUGCACGUGUGACCUUUGACUUCCCAGCUCCACAUGAGGACGUCCCGCGUCUCCAUGGUGACAACAAAACUUGUAAAACACUAAUAAUCUGCCCUUUAUUGUAAACUUUGCUGCUAAUUGAACAACAAAACAAGAAAUGUGGAGCCUCAGCGGCUGGAUCUCUGAGCACUUACACUCAGUUAUUAUAAUAAUAUAUUAAAAAGAAACGUAUUUUCCACAUAUUUAUAUAGACAUUUGUUCUUAAAUCUUAUCAUCUAUGUUAUCUCUGAUGUACAAAACUAAAAUAAUCAUGAUUUCAAGUGUGCACACCAAUAUUUAAAGGCACAUAAAUCAGUUUAAUCUCUGCUGUUUGUGUAUGUUUAAUUGAAAUGUUUUCAUGUAUAGAUGUCCUAUAAUAGGAUUUAAACUGCUGUAAUCUUUUAUAUUUUUUAAAAUGAUCCUGCUUCUUUUUAGCUUCUCGUUGACCUUUGUGUUAUUUCUGUGUAGAAAAUGAGUGAAAAUGCCUACAACUGUAUUAUAGCAACACUUUUUGACUUUUAUCCAUGAAAUAAAUUAAUAUUUAACGUCCUUAAA